GUUAACGAUCUUUACCUAACUAACAUUACUGAGUUGUGCUGCAUGCAUAUGCAGGGAAGGUAGUGUUGAAGAAUCAAGCUAGAACUACGGACAGUAUGCAUGAGAUGGAGGUCCCCAAAGAUCUUAUGUUUGAAGAGAGUGACCUACCACAUGAGGAGGAGAUCCUACGUCACCCCUACCAGAUUAAAUGUUGGCUGCGUUACAUUGAACACAAAAGCACUGCUCCCAAGGCCGUCAUUAAUCUCAUCUACGAGAGAGCUCUUAAGCAGCUGCCGGGAAGCUACAAGCUCUGGUACCGUUACCUCAAGCUGCGAAGACGACAGGUGAAGCUCAAGUGCAUCACUGACUCUACAUAUGAGGAGGUUAACAACGCCUUCGAGAGGGCACUGGUCUUCUUGCACAAGAUGCCUCGUAUUUGGCUCGAGUACUGCCAGUUUCUGAUGGAACAGUGCAAGAUCACUCGUACUAGGAGGACCUUUGAUCGUGCCCUGAGGGCUCUACCACUCACACAGCACAAGAGAGUGUGGCCUCUCUAUCUCAAGUUUGUGAGGAGUCAUGACAUCCAGGAGAUGGCUGUUCGAGUGUAUAGGAGAUUUCUAAAACUGAGCCCUGAGAAUGGUGAGAGUUAUGUCGAAUACCUCAUUUCCAUCGGUCGACUGAACGAAGCAGCUACUAAACUGGCAGAGAUUGUCAAUGAUGAGAAGUUUAUAUCCAAGGAGGGCAAGUCUAAGCACCAGCUGUGGCAGGAGUUGUGUGUACUCAUCUCCAAGAACCCUGGCAAGAUCAGCAGUCUCAAGGUGGACCCUAUCAUUCGUGGAGGUAUAAGAAGGUUUACUGACAUGAUAGGACAGCUGUGGUGCUCUCUGGCUGACUACUACAUCAGAUCAGGACAUUUUGAGAAGGCACGGGACAUCUACGAGGAGUCCAUACAGACGGUUACCACGGUGAGGGACUUUGGGCAGGUGUUUGAUGCGUACGCUCAGUUUGAGGAGAGCAUGAUCAACUCUAAGAUGGAGACUACGGCUGACAUGGGUGCAUCUGAUGAUGAUGACCUUGACCUGGAGUUGAGACUAGCACGGUUUGAGAUGUUGAUGGACCGACGGCCGUUCUUAUUGAGCAGUGUGCUGCUGAGACAGAACCCGCACAAUGUUCACGAGUGGCUCAAGAGAGUUAAACUGUACGAGGGAAAACCACGAGACAUCAUCAACACUUACACGGAGGCAGUGCAGACGGUGGACGUGAGUAAGGCGGUGGGUAAGCCACACACCCUCUGGGUCAACUUUGCCAAGUUCUAUGAGGACAAUGGACAGCUGCCAGAGGCUAGGGUCAUAUUUGAGAAGGCCUCCAAGGUCCAGUAUCGUCAGGUGGACGACCUCGCUAUAGUCUGGUGUGAGUACACUGAGAUGGAGCUACGACACGAGAAGUACGACAAGGCGUUACAUCUGAUGCGUAGAGCCACUGCCAUGCCUGCCCGCAGAGCAGCUUAUCACGACAAAUCUGAGCCUGUACAGAAUCGACUGUUUCGUUCCCUCAAGGUGUGGUCCAUGUACGCUGACCUGGAGGAGAGCCUGGGGACAUUCGAGUCAACCAAAGCAGUGUACAAUCGCAUCAUUGACCUGAAGAUAGCUACUCCCCAAAUUAUCAUCAACUAUGGUCUCUUUCUUGAGGAGCAGAAAUAUUUUGAAGAGGGUUUCAAGGCGUAUGAGAGAGGAGUGUCUCUGUUCAAGUGGCCUCACGUCUACGACAUUUGGAACACAUACCUCACCAAGUUCAUCAAGCGAUACGGUGGUAAGAAGUUGGAGAGAGCUCGGGACUUGUUUGAGCAAGCGCUGGACGGCUGUCCGGCCAAGUUUGCAAAACCGCUGUACCUGCUCUAUGCCCAGCUGGAGGAGGACCAUGGAUUGGCCAGACAUGCGAUGGCUGUGUACGACAGAGCCACAAAAGCAGUCACCCCUGACGAGCAGUUUGAGAUGUUCAACAUUUACCUAAAGAGAGCGGCUGAAGCGUUUGGCAUCACACACACCAGGGAGAUCUAUGAAAGAGCUAUCGAGAUCCUCCCAGACGAUAGAGCAAGGGAGAUGUGUAUGAACUACGCUCAGCUGGAGAUCAAGUUAGGGGAGAUUGAUCGAGCUAGAGGUGUCUUCAGUCACGGCUCUCAAAUGAGCGACCCUCGGAUAGCUAAGUCGUAUUGGAAGGCGUGGCAGCAGUUUGAGGUUCGUCAUGGCAACGAGGACACGUUUAGAGAGAUGCUGAGGAUAAAGAGGAGUGUACAAGCACAGUUCAACACUCAGGUGAACUUCAUGUCAGCCCAGAUGCUGGCGUCUGCUUCGAAGGACGUAGCUGUGACUGGAGAGGGUGUGGAUGAGAUGAGACUAUUGGAGGAGCAGGCCAGGAAGAUUGCAGAGGAGGCCACUAGAGAUCAACCACACAAGAAGACCAUGAGCUUUGUCAAGAGUGACGAUGCAUCAGCGGAGAUGGAGGAGCUGGCCCGGGUCUCGGCCAAUCCUGAUGAGAUCAACCUCGGGGAUAGCGACGAGGAAGAAGGGGGUGUGGUCGAGGAAGUUACUCUGCAAACACAGACCAUACCCUCGGCAGUGUUUGGCAGUAUAUCCGAGGAGGUCCAAGGAAAAGUGCUCGGAGCUAAGGAGAGAUUCGCUCAAAAGAAGAAAUGAACUAAACCAUGAAACUUCUUUGGACGUUAAAUAAAAAUACUAUUAUGUGCGCAUACGUGUAUAAUUACUAUUAUCAAUAAAUAACAAUUGCUGUUUUGUCAUGAAUAAUGUAUACACAUCAUAAUGGUAUUAAAAACACUGAU